GCUGUUUAAUGUGUGUCUGCACAAACACAACCGACUUUCGCCUAUCAUCUCUUGUUAUUUGACCUAAGAAUGCAUCUUUCUGUACAGGAAACACUUCAAAUAGAGUCCACUGGCUAAAUCAUCAAGGACACAUGAUAUUCCUUUUUUGGCAGCGUGAUCCCAGAGAAAGGAACGCAGGAAGAUAAAACUCUCAUCCUCAUGCGUUUGACCACACAGUAACACAAACCGACCGAGAAAUAUGUUGGUUGUGGAUUUGUUCUACUGUGGAGCGUUGAUGCUUUGCUGGACCAGGCUCUACAUGGCUUUGAUCCUGCCAAACAACCCCACAAUGACAGGAAAUCAUCCCAAAUCAAGCAGCACAGAGACAGGAGAUGGUUUGCAAAUAACAAAUGCAUCAAUAAGGACCUCAUCAGCCUCCACAGUUUCCAGAGAUGCCCCUCAACUCCCACCGUGCUUUGUGGACAAUAUAUUCACAGCAUUACGUGAAGGUGUGGGUCACAAUGGGGAACUCCCAAAUCACACCUUAACUAUGUUUGGAAUCUGUACAGAAUCUGACAACACAUCAGGCUCUGUGUUGUUAGAUCUUGUUAAGGAAGUCAGAAGAAACCAGAGAAAUGGAUUGAAGGUUUUGGAUCUAUCUGGAGGGCUGUUAGAAGGAGAAGAGAGUGGAUCACUCAAGUUGGCCUUCCAGCUCCCACAUUCUCAUUUGCUCAAGCCAAGCCCUGUGUUGCUCUUAGCUUUUGAAAGUCCCCUCGCAGGAGAAAAACUGGAUACUACUUUCACGAGUGAGUCACUGCAUCCUAACACACAGACUGUGUGCCUUUCAGCAGAAACACAAUACAUAAUGCUGGCAGGAAAAGAAUCAAAGGGCAAAGUCCACAACACAUGGAGGAUUAACGCUGAGACCUAUUCCCCUGUUAUGAAGCAAAGGCUGAAAGACAUCCUCAUUGGUGGACAAUCAGGAAGUAACAACUGCAUGAUUCCACUUCUGCUUUUCUCUGGGGAAAGAGGAACUGAUACAAGAAAUGCACACAUUUCAGGUUCCUCCAUGACCCCCUCACGUACCUCCUCUUUCCUCUGCGAGCUGAAGCGGUUUCUGGAUGAUGUCCUGCCUCUGGUCCAUCCUGGUUCCCCUCAGCUCCAGCUUGGCUCCCUACAGUCUCUACCUCCUCUGACACUAGGACUUUCCUCCAGUGAGACCCUGCUGGCAGGUCUGAUCAACUCCUCUGCCCUUACCAUCUUCUCUUUCUCAAGCUGGAGCUCCAGGUUUCCGGUGCAUCAUGGAGAGUUGUCUCUGUCUCCUGCACUGCUUGAGGAGCUCAGGCAGAGGUUGGAGCAAACUGUGGAGAAGAUAAUGGCGGUAAUAAGGGAGGAAGAUGUGGGUCACAAAGCCACAGAGAGGCUUGGGAGGCUCAAAAAACACAGUGUACUUCUGAAGAAGGAGCCAGAAGCAGGAGAGAGCCAGUACUGUGCAUUCCUUUUGCUGAAGGCCCUGCAGACGGUGGCCCGAGCAUACGAGGUGGAGAAAAAACUGCGCUCCACCAGGGCUGGCCACAACAACUCAAUGGGUGGCAACAUAUGUGGGCUGAGGAGCCUCACUGUGUCCCUUGAAAGGACACUUGUUGGUCCUAACACCGCUAACAUAAACAACUGCCAUGGCUCGUGUGCUUUCCCCCUGGUCAACGGCAACAACCACGCCAUCCUUCUCAACAUCCACAUUGAGAGUGAGAAUGUGGACGAGAGGGCGCCCUGCUGUGUGCCUCUGGCCUACGAACACCUAGAGGUGGUGGACCUGAACCAACAUGGGACUUAUCUCUCCAUUAAACCAGAUGUGGUGGCAAAGGAGUGUGGGUGUCGCUGAAGCAGUUUUUAUUGACAUCUUGUAAAAAUUCUGAUCAAUGCAUGUUUGGAGGAGGAAAAACACUUUCAUUGAAUUAUUGCUCAGAU